AUGUCCAGCCUGACAGGAGUCUCUGCUGCCACUGCCGCGCCACCCAUUGAGAAUUGGGGCGCUCUCAAAUGGAGCAUCCAGCAGCAGCAACACAAUGGGGAAAGCGGUACAGCGAAUGCGAAUGUUAAACACGAGGGUCAUACCGAUGAGAAGAACGGCUCGGGAGAUGGCAAUGGAGAAGCUCUGCUACAACUCGUUUCCCUUCCCAAGCCGCAGCACCACAGCAGCGGUGCACCCGCGAGUGUGGUGGAGAAGCCAAUUGUGCAGAUCCCUGUUUCUGUCAUAGCGAGCGCCUCGGCAAUGACGAAGAAUGACCUCUCUCUCGCUCUGCGCCCGCAGUCUUCGGUAUCGGCGAUGCAGAGUGGCAGUGGCAACGUGUCUGUGGAGCUCACAUCGAUCCGCUUUGCAAUCCCCAACGUGUGCGUCGGUCAUGAACAGACGGAGGAGGCGGGUCGUGAGAUCCUUGCCGAGGCGCAGCAGCAGCUGAAGAAGUACCAGUCACGACUCCUCGGUGACGGUGCAGGCACUGGGGCAGUGGCGGACGACCAACUGCUUGUUAUGAUGGCCGGCGGCCACCGCAAGGACGAACGCGUCAUGGCGGUGCUCGAUGAUCUCACCUUCUCGUACCCUUCGGGUCGAUACAAACUUAUCGUGUCGAAUUACGCGAUGGUGCUCGAGGACAAGAAGCGGGCGACGGGGAGCGGCAGUAGCGUCGUCGCAUCCGUGCCGCUCACGGAUGUGGUACAGCUGUAUCUUUGCGACAUCCCCGAUAGCAGUAUCACUGACGAGCAGGAGGGGGACCUUGCGCAGUACGUUGUUGUGAUUCUGCGUAACCCGUUUAAAGUUCGCACGACAACGUACAACCACCUCGUCAUUUCUUGCCCCGCCGGCUUUGCGCUCGAUGAAGCGCACCCGUGGCGCUGCCAGCUUGAGACGCAGGAAGAGAUCGACCGCGCCCUCGCCGCGUUGCCGCACAACCAGGGAUCUGCAGCAGCCGUGAAAACAGAAGACGGCGGUACGGCAAUUAAGAACACAUUUGCACCAACCAUGUCAGGUCGUGUGAGCGAAAUCCUUAUUCGUGUGCUGAAGGCGGUGACGGGUGUGACCGCACUCGGCGGUUACAACAAGGAGUACCAGACAAGCCGCGGUCAUUCGGUGCUGCGCUGCCUGCAUCACGGCGCCGAUGGUAUGCUCUUUGUCCUGCACUCCGCCCUCCUCUUCCUGCACCGCCCUGUGACGCGCGUGCUGCUGAGCGACAUUAAACGCGUGGAAAUUGACGAGUCAGAGAGUGGCAGCGCGACGUUCCAGAUGGUCGUGUUCGGCUCAUUUGGCAAGCGCAACACCAGCGCCGCUGCGGAAAACAAAAUCGUCUUCUCCGCCAUCGACAGGAAGGAGAAGGCGGCGCUGUUGGCGUACCUCGAGAAGAGGGUGACUGUGCGCCGCAUCGGUCUCUCUAUUGAGGACGACGAUGAUGACGAUGACGAUGAUGAGGAGGACGCCGAUGAUGAGGAAGACAGCGGCGAUGAGGAUGACGAUGACGAUGACUUGGACGACGAUGACGAGGAGGACGACGAGAGCGAUGACAACCGGAGGCGGCGUAAGCGACAGCGCAGCAAAGAAGGCAAGCACGAGAAGGGGGACAAGAAGCGGAGCAAGAAGGAAAAGAAGGAGAAACACCACCAUCACCACCGCCACCACCACAAGAAGCACAAGGAUGAUAAGAAAGAGGCGGCGGCAGAGAAAGCGAAGGAAGAGUGA